AUGUUACUAUUUGUUCGCUUUCAGGGAAAGGCUGGUAUUUGCCGUAUUUCUGAUUGUCCGCAAUUUGGCAAAUUUUUGAAAAGGCUUGACAACCACUUGCUAGCUUCCCAUCCUGGUGUUACGAGGGGCGAGAAUGACAACAAACCCCUAAAAUUGACGCUGGUGAAUAAAACCCGUGUGAAGUGCCUAUUACGUGGCUGUGAAAAGGAGGUGAUUCACUUUAAACAGCAUUUAAAGAACAGACAUAAGAUGGGGAUGGAAGAUUACGUUAAGAUAAUCUCUGAAAAGGAAGCAGGGAUUUUUUACGAGUCUUCUACAUCGUCCCAGUCUCUCACGACAUCCGAAAUACCUGGAUCCACCCAUUCUACACCCGAAUCACUUGCACCUGUUCAAUAUCCGUCACCCUCCUUUACCCCUGAAUCACCCGCAUUCACUGUUUCCUCUUUUAACUUAUCUUCACCUUCUGAAUACCCAAUACCCCCGAGUCCUCCACCAUCACACAGAAUUUUCAAUGCAGAUGAGCACGAAAUCCGGGAAUUAGCUGAUGACGAGUUUUCCUUUGAGAGAUUCUGCUACCUGAAGCACCAAACAACACAUUAUGGUUUAUUAGCCAUGUGUUCGCAUUUGAGAGCACACUCAAUGUCUAACUUUUAUGCCUCUUGUAUCCGUAGAGAUAUCUUUGGCGAGAUCUCUUUACAAACAUUGACGGAGAUAUAUCAGUACAGAAGAUAUCUCGUUGCCUUUUAUCGUAAAGCGAAAUAUGCGUGUUACCCAUUUGACAUAAAGGAUCUCAUAAUUGGCAACUGCUUGGCAUGUGGGACGACUAAAAACGAAGAUUGUGAAUGCCCAGUUGCUACGGAUGAUUUUUACAAAGCAGCAAAAGUCUAUUGUUGUCCAGAAAUCUACAGUUGCAAAAGAUGCCUUUCUCCACAUGGGAAAGGGUGUGGCGUGCAUACAGAUUGCAUAGACUUUUACCACUGUAAGAUAUGCAACGAAAGUAACAAGACCAGAAACGAGUUACAAGCGAAAUAUCCCUCAAUAUAUGGACGUCAUGUUGGUUUGGGUAGAGGAUAUUCUGUGCCUUUAUAGUUUAUAUUAGCGAGCUUAAGAUGCAUCAAAUCUACGACGCGGACGUGACAAUAAAAACCGUUGCUAAUGUUUGGAAUCCAGUUUCAUUUUGCUUCACUUGUGUCUCUGACUUUGUUUACCAACUGGAGGCCACAAAUCUUAUUCAUGUAGUGAAACUGUGGGAAUAGUUUCUUUUUUCUUCACGUCCGCGUCGUAGAUUUGGUGCAUCUUAAGCUCACUAUUACGUGUGAAGGAAUUACAAGUCACUGGCGUGGUUUCGAAACGUCGAAGUUCUAUUUUUGCUGGUAGUUAUAGUCUAUAUACAGUAUAUAUAGAUAAACUUAUAGAUAGAUAAACUUUAUUUAAACACGCUAACUAUACACAGGAUUUAUGCAUGUACAAUGUUUUGAUGUUUUGUACUCAGGUGAAUACACUCUUUGUGUUUUUUAUGUUACUCUGAGUUUGUAUCAACGCCCGCCAGACUGAAAACUUUUGCCUGGCCACAGUGGUAUCCCAAAAGUCGCGAAUUCGAUACCGAUGCCGUACCUAUAUAGGCAAAAAUGUUUCAGCCUGUCUGCGUGGAUGCACACUCAGAGUAACAAAAAAACUUGCGCCAACUAUAAGUCAAUGCGAUACAGUAUUGUCAUUUACUGUUAGUAUUUUAAUUAACACGUGUAAAUAAUACAACAAGGAACUCCGUUAUACUGUACAUUUCGCCCUCCCCCCUGCUAACGUAAUAAUACUAUCACGCACAAUAUAUAUAUAUAUAUAUAUAUAUAUAUAUAUAUAUA